AUGCCACUGUUGUUGAGCUUUACAGAGAAACAAGGUGGACAAAUUGGAAUUAGUCUUAUAGGAGAAUAUGUGGAGCCUUACUCAGAAUCAACAGAAGACAGAGCUGCAGUAAAGAGAACAUGGAUGGUACACGGAGCCAUUGGUAUAUGGAGAUUAUCCAAAGAGCAUGAGACAUUUGGUCAAGGAAAGGCUGCCCAUUUUCACCAAGGAAGAGAGGAGAUUGUUGAAGUAUUCCUUUUGAUUUUGUUGGCAUCAACUAUUACACCUCAAGAUAUGGUAAAAACGACCCUGCAGGUCUAUUAA